AUGGAAUGGUUGUCGGUGCUCUACCUUGCCGUGGCGUCGGUUCUGGCGGCAUACCUGCUGGCCAUUUUGCCACGAAAAAGAACUCUUCCCAGAGGCGCCAAGCUGGCCCCGGGUCCCAGUGGCCUCCCCAUUCUCGGCCACCUGCCGUUCAUCGCCAGAAGCAUACACGAGGUCAAAUGCAGGGACUGGGCUAAAACCUACGGCCCCAUUGUCAGGAUCAACAUGUGCUACCUGGAUGUCGUCGUCUUGAACGAUCUCGAGAGCAUACGAGAUUACUUCUGCAAGCAGGAAGUACUCAAUCGACCGUCCAACUGGCUCUUUAAGCUUUCGGGAAUACAGGGGAACAUCACAACUGAACGCAAGCAUUACUGCUUGCAGCUGACUAAUGGCUUCGUCGACAAUCACGCAGGUCUAGGGCUGCUGAACGGGCACCAGUGGCGGGACAACAGACGGUUUUCGAUGCACGUUAUGAGGGACCUUGGAUACGGCAAGACGCACAUGGAACAACAUGUCAUGGAGGAGUCCCAGUACCUGGCGGACAAGAUCGCGGAGGCCAAAGGCGAACCUGUCGUGCUUGAAAAGUACCUCAACCCCAGCGCGUCCAACAUCAUGUCGGCUCUCCUGUUCGGUGCUCGCUACGCGUACGAGGAUCCGCGGCGCAUGCUGCUCGACAACAACAUGGCUAGGAUCGUCAGUAUCCUCAGCAGCGGAUCCGUUGUGGCCUUCCCGCCCGCCUGGUUCCACAAGGUGGCCGGGAUGGUGCCGUUUCUGGUCAACGGCGUCGUUCGAAGCAUCACGCAAAACUUGGUGGAUUUCGUCAGAAGAGAAAUCAAGCAGCAUCUGGACACACUGGAGGAGCAUACCAAUCGGGACUUCAUCGACGGUUAUCUGAAAAAGAUAACAAAGCACAAGCAUGAGCCGGAAACGAAUUAUACGAACGAUUGCAUCAUCCUCCACACAGCGGACUUUCUGGUGGGCAACAUCAUGAGCUUCUUCAUCGCCGGCUCCAACACUGUAGCCGUAAGCAUCCAGUGGCAUCUGCUCAACUUUGCCAAGAACCAGGACACACUGCAAGCCAGGGUCCACCAAGAAAUCGACGAGGUCAUCGGCAGGGAAAGGCGACCAGCCUGGGAUGACCAUCACCUGAUGCCCUUCACCAUCGCCACAAUCUGGGAGAUGUACCGCUGGAGGACAAAUUCUCCGUUCGGUCUUCCGAGAGGGGCCGAGGAAGACACCUACUUCGGCGAGUACUUCGUUCCCAAAGGAACGGUGGUCUUGUCUAACCUUUGGGCAGUCCACAUGGACCCUGACGUCUGGAAGAACCCCGAGGAGUUCAACCCGUCCAGGUUCUUUACAGAAGACGGUUCCAGGCUAGCGCCCAAGCCGGACCACCUGAUACCGUUUGCACUCGGAAAACGAAUGUGUCCCGGAGAAACGCUGUCGACUAUGGAGAUCUUCCUCUUCCUGACGACACUCCUGCAGAGGUACCGUGUCGACGCCGAAGAAGGCCGCGAGGUGGAGCUCGCGUGCGACGGCGCCAUGUCGCAUCCCAUCCCCGGACAAAGACUGCGGUUCAUCGCACGCUGA